UAGCAAUGCGCGAUCUCUGAUUUGGUGUAUGAAAAGUAGCUCGUGUUCGCUGCAUGCCCUUCAUAGCAGUGCUAGAAGCCAGACAUCCGACUGCGUAGCCACAGUAACCUUGUCCCGCGACACGCAUACCCAAUCUCUCUCGAGGACGCCGUGCGUUUCUGGGACGCGACAGGCCGUCGGCGUGCAUGUGGCUGGCACGACUUGCCUCGAGGCUUGACAUGCGCGGGCGUCAGUUACCGCGAAUAUAAAUUGGCAACAGGCCCCCAGAACGUCCUGCCCAGUUUGUUGACUCACUGAUCCCGACCUUGUCCGUUUACCCUGCCCAUGCAGCGGCAGCCCUCCACAUCGAAGCAGGCCCGCCAUGUCCCCUCGUUAGAAUAUUUACGCUCGAGUCCUGUACGGGGCCAGCUGGAGCCGUACGAUGGUCGAACGGCGCGGGGAUGGCGGUACUUGCAAACGACGGAUACCCUGAACCAGCUCAAAGUGCUUCUCCCCCCGAGAACGGCCUCGCUGUAUGCGGAGCUGCUCAAGGCCGAGGACGUUGAACUGGCGAAAGCACCGUCGAUUUCAUGGGAGCGAAUCCUGGAGAUCCGCCACCUCAAGGAUCGUAUGGUGCGCAAGGCGCAGAAGCUAUCUCCCACUCCUCCCCCGAAGCGCAUAGGGCGCGGGGAGUCGUUCACUUUCCAGACUGUUAUCGCGCCGUCCGACUUCCGGCUGAAGGAGAUGGAAAAGUGGCUGCACCGCCAGGGCACUUCUCGACCCCGUUCGCGUUCAAAGUCCAAGGUCCCUCCCCCUCCCCCCGUCGUCCGCCGCCCGUCGCAGACGAUCAAGCAGCGCAAUUCCUUCUGUUGCGCUCAUUGCUCGGGCAUCGUCACCCCUCAGGUCGGCGAGGCCCUGCACCAUUCGGCUCCCCGGACCGGCGUACGCAUACCGGAACCAGAAGUUGUUCACCAUUUGCCACCGCGCCAGCAUACUCGAGAGACGGUGGAGGAGGUGCAGUAUGCGCGAAGACCAUCGCACGAGGAGGCUAUGGAUGCCAUCUUGUCCCCCUUGGACGGUCUCGACCGCGCUCGCGCCUUUAGCCCGCCUCCUCUCCCUCACCCUUUCCGCACGACAGCCGCAGAUGUCGAUACCCCAGCAGUCGCCGAAGAGCCGGCAGUAACGCACGAGCCUCCUGAGCCGAGCGCGCCUCAGCCGCAGAUCCAGCGCCGAAGCUCAUUCAAGCGGCAGAAUGCGGAGUUCAAGACCGUCUCGUGGGCGGUCGAUAACGACGAGUGUGACCUGUCGGAUUACCUGGAGAAGACGCGGGAAGCGCACGCCUCAGGACGCGAAUGGACCGAAGUGCGCGUGGUGUAUCUGGAGCAAAUGAACGCUCUGCGCACGCUGCACGAACAGGUGUACUCGACGCUCACUCGCCUGAGCAGCGAGACGGACCACCUAUCGCAGCUCGACAGUGCCAUCAAGAAGCAGCUUGCGUCACUCCAGAGCUCAUUCGAUGCCUUUGAAGCGACAUCGCGUGAGUGACCGCUGCCCUUGCCUCCCUUUGUGGCCUCUUCGUCCUCGCGCUGCGCUCC